CGUUUCCUUCGAGGGCCAAAAGGUCAUCGAGGACCACCUGGACACAAAGGACCACCAGGCCACCGUGGUCCCCCAGGUCCCGUUGGUAGCCCCGGAAUCCCUGGUACUCCCGGUGAUUCCCAACCACAGAUAUAUAAGCAAUGCGCUUAUAAAACAUCAAGAACGACAGCAUUCGAUGGUCCCAUCCACGUAAGAAUAAACUUUAAGAUUUUAACACCGCAGUAUCAAGAUCUAUGGCAAUAACAGCCAUUAAAGAAUGAUAAAUAGCUUUACUUAUUUAAUAAUAGAAAAAAAAUGUGAAUGCCACUGAGGUCGAUGAAUCUUGGUAAAUGGUUUGAAGGUAUUUUCAAAAUGUUAACAUUUCUAAGUAAGUAAGUACGUAACUCUGUGCGGGAAACUUAAUAACAUAAAUGAGCUGCGGAUUAGGUGUUAUGGAUAAACAAGAACUUUUGGUAAAGCUCUUAGCAGCUGUAUGAGUUGGAUUGCAGACAGCUGCCUUGAUGCUCUCCAUUUGACUUGAAGGACCUUUUGCUGUCGCUGGGGGGCAAAUAGCGCAGUUGGACCCUAAAAAGAAAAGGAAAUACCUUUCUCAGAAUGCAAUCUGUGUGGUUUUCAUGUCCCAUCCUUUCCAACAAAGUGUUUUUCUGUCAUGAAUCUGUUUUGUAACAAUGGUGUACGGUGCUUUGAAUCCGGCCGUCCUAAAGAUUGGGGUUUGAUUCCCUCAGGAAGUGAUUUUUUUUAGCGUGUUUUUGUUAACUCCUUUGAAUGUUUCUGUAAAAAUUUAUUUGUUAAUUCCUACUCAGUUUUAACGAUUAUGUUUCAGCCAUAGUAAGAGAGUCUAAUAAGGUGUUGUUAAUAAACCAACAAACGGAUCCCACAUUUUGAAAUCCCGGUAAUUUCUAUUUGGCUUACUCUCCACCGGCUUUUAUAAAGUGUGGUAAAAUAAAGAACUUAAGACUAUUGGUCCCUCAAUGUUGAAUUUGAAAGCAUUUAUUGCGUUUGUGAGGAUGAUGUUUAAAAACUAAUUUAAUGAUAAACUACGUAGGAAAGUAGACUGUCCGCCUGAGGAGAGAGGGUACCCAAAACAUGUUUGAAAUGGGAGACUCCGCUCCGAAAUGAGGUCCAACCCCUUACCCUUUUACAUACCAUUUUUCACAGAAAAGGUACCCCUUUCGUAUACCUUCCAUUGAGAAAUGGUGCCCCUUUCACGUACUACUAGUUUAGUGAUGAUCAUUUACUAUAUGGCUACGAGAUAUGACGUCAUAAGUAUCCGGUGGUUAAACCAUUUUUGAGUAAAAAUGCAUUUUUUCUCAAGUUCUUUCAACAAUAAAAGUAAAUAUUGUGAUAAAAUGAUGCAAAGUGCGUCUUUAUGUGUUAUAUCAAGCACAAAAAAAUUAGCAUUUACUGCGGUUUUAACGUGAUUACUAAUAGGCCAUUUCCGAGUUCCCCCGGGCCUCUGUUUCAAAACGAGGGUAGGUGCUCAGCCUUUGAUAUGGAAACCAUUUUUCAUUCUAAUACAAAUAAAACUAAUUUUCACAAGAAAGGUUGUGCACCUAGCCUCAUUUUGAAAGUGAGGGUUUUUGGAACUCGGAACUGGCCUAUUCUUGGUAAAAUCCAAGAUGGCGACCAUUGUUGGUGACAUCACAGGCCUCCAGUAGCGCCACCAGCCAUAAAAUAUACCUCAUCGUGUUAAUAGGAUCAAAGGCUUUCCAUUGAAGGCAAAAUCAUUUCGAAAUACUGCACCAUAUCAAAAACUCUGGGAAGGGCUUCAAUCAGUUCCCCAGCACCCCUUAUACCACGGUGAGGGUAUGAAUUUGCAUGUACGUCCGAGGGUUAACUGCUGUAAUUGAACCUUCGUUUAAAAAUGAAUAAAAACGCUAAACCAUAAAGUUUUGUUGUCUUUUUCACAGCCAUAAAAUGCCCUAGUUAAUUUUUUACGUCCUUUCACAGACCGCAAUGACUGAUUUCCUUUCGUGUAUAUCAAUUUAACUAGUGAAUUCCCUACCCUUUCAUGUACCUUACCUUGGCCUAAAAAAAGUACCACGGAACCUCCACGAAUAGGCCAUUAUGGACUGUCCGCCGCAUGCAUUUUUCUAAUACGUGUGAUUAAUUUCUUGUGGUAUUUUUUAAACAGGAAUGCAACUUUGUCAAAGCUGAAAAAGACACCUUCCUACGCGCUGCGUACAUUGGGAACAUCGGUUUCACGGCAGGCUGUUUGCCUUGUUGCAAGAGAUGGUUCUUCACCUUCAACGGAAAAGAGUGCCAGACCCCAUCUGCAAUUGAGGGUGUUUUAUCCCAUGAAAAAGGGUUAAAACAGUUUAACGAACUCCGACCGGUCAAGAUAGAGGGCUAUUGUGGUGGUAUUCCUGAGGGUAAAGUACAAGUUCAGUUUAACGUUGGCGGUUGUCCCGGGUGUAAUCCGCCAUGUAACACUGAUCACGGUGGGAUUCAGGCCACAAAGAUUAUCAUAGAGGAAGUAGAGCCACCAGUUGCUUAAUAA